UGUCAGUCAUGACUUCCACCGCUAAAGUGUUGGCCGUCACUGCUAUUGUAGUGCUCGGAAUAGGUCUCAUUGCAGGUGGAAUAACUUGGGCAGUACUGACUUCGCGUAACAAUGAAGUUAGAAUUGAAGAGCCUCCUGACCUGCAGACCAUGGAUUGGUGGCAACAUAGCGUCCUCUAUCAGAUCUACCCGAGGUCUUUCAAAGACAGCGACAACGAUGGAAUAGGAGAUCUAAGAGGAAUAAUCAGUGAAUUAGAACACUUUGUGGAUGCUGGAGUCGAUGCGAUAUGGAUGUCACCAAUAUUCAAAUCCCCGAUGGUUGAUUUCGGAUACGACAUCAGCGACUUCUACGAAAUUCACGAAGAGUACGGCACUAUGGAAGAUUUUGAACUGCUAUUGGAGACAGCUCAUGGAUUAGGUUUAAAAGUUUUGCUCGAUUUCGUUCCAAACCACGCCAGCAAGGAGUCCGAAUAUUUUGUAAAAUCUGAAGCACGGGAGCCGGGAUUCGAAGACUACUUCGUAUGGGCAGACGGUAUCGAAGAUCCUAACAAUACGAAUAAUAAACUGCCACCUUCCAAUUGGGUUAGCCAGUUCGGCGGUUCAGCCUGGGAGUGGAGUGGCAUUCGUCAGCAGUACUACUUGCAUCAGUUCGCCGUCCAACAAGUGGACUUCAACUACCGGAACAAGGCUGUAAAAGAUGAAAUGCUUAACAUUAUGAGCUUCUGGCUAGACAAAGGUGCUGAUGGAUUUCGAAUCGAUGCUCUACCAUUUCUGAUGGAAGCAAAUCCUGCAAACUACGGCGGUAGAUACCCCAACGACCCACUAAGUGGACUUGUACAAUUCGAAUCCCACCAACUUGGAUACACAAUACCAUUGUACACUAAAGACCUCAUUGAAUUGUACGACGUUGUGUAUGAAUGGAGAGAGUUUGUAGAUCGUUAUGUGCAGGACAAAGGAGGCGACACUCGGGUUCUAUUCUCAGAAGGGUAUGCCAAUGUGACAAUGACAAUGUUAUAUUAUGGAAAUGAGCGCGGUGCUACCGGGACACAUUUCCCAUUCAAUUUCGACUUUAUAACAGAUUUAUCAGUAAAGUCGAAUGCGCGAGAUUUUGUAUAUGUCAUACUUAGAUGGCUCACAUACAUGCCGUAUGGAGGUACUCCGAACUGGGUAUUUGGGAAUCAUGACAACAGCAGAAUGCCAAGUCGUUUCCGUGACUCAAUGGUGGAUGGUCUCAACGCUCUCAAUAUGCUGCUUCCUGGAGUGGCCGUCACCUACCAAGGUGAAGAAAUUGGAAUGAAAGAUGGCUACGUCAGCUGGGAAGACACUGUAGAUGUUGAAGCGUGCAACCGUGGUGAUCAAGAUACCUACCAUCUAUAUUCCAGAGACCCCGCCAGAACACCGUACCAUUGGAAUAAUUCCACCAAUGCUGGAUUCAGUGACGCUGAAAGAACAUGGCUGCCAGUCGCAGAAGAUUACCCAGAACUAAACCUUGCUAAACAAAAGAAAGACACUCGGAGCCACUUUAAGGUUUACCAAUCUCUAACAACGUUACGAAAGCAAGAGCAAUCACUAUCCCAUGGUGACUACUCCAUCAGAGCUCUAUCUAGCAGCUGCUUCUAUCUGGUGAGGUACCUGAGGACUUUUGAUACUAUUGUUCUGCUCUUCAACGUGGCGGAGACGGAAGACCACAUAGACUUGAGCCAAGUGGACCAUUUGAAGUUGCCAGCUACUGUCUAUGUAGCAAGCGUAUUUUCUUCGAGAGCUAAAGGGGAUCAAAUCGAAAGCCAACUAUUAAGAUUAUUGCCGGGAGAGGCUGUAGUCCUCAAAUCAAAACCAGUAUAAAUGGGGAAUUGCGACUCGAUUGUAAAUACUGUCAUCUGGUGAUAAGUCACCACC